GCCGCCGCCAUGGCGGCCUUGCCCCGCCACCGCCGCUUCCUCGGUGGCUUCGUCUGCGGGGCCGCGGCCGGGGCCGCCGCGUCCUGCUGGGCUACAUGGCGGCUCCUCCGCAGCCAGAGCCAGCCGGAGCCGGGCCCCGGGCGGGCCCCAGCGCAGGAACCAGUAGAAGAGGCUCUGCUGGAAAGAUAUGGAUUUCCUGAGGCUGGAACAGAGACCAGAUGUUACACAAAUCAUGCACUGUCUUAUGACCAGGCAAAACGGGUGCCUAGAUGGGUGAUUGAACACAUUUCCAAACAAAAGAUGCUGGGUGAUGCAGACCGAAGGCACUGCAAAUUCAGACCAGACCCAAACAUCCCUCUGAUGUUCAGUGCUGUCAAUGAGGACUACCUUGGCAGUGGAUGGUCACGAGGACACAUGGCACCAGCAGGAGAUAACAAAUUUUCAACAAGAGCUAUGGCUGAAACGUUUUAUCUGUCUAACAUUGUGCCUCAGAAUUAUGAAAAUAAUGCUGGAUUUUGGAACAGAAUGGAAAUGUACUGUCGGGAAUUGACGGAGAGAUUUGAAGAUGUUUGGGUUGUUUCUGGACCUCUUACCUUGCCUCAAACAGACGGUGAUGGAAAGAAGAGUGUUACUUAUCAGGUGAUUGGAAAGGAUGAUGUGGCUGUCCCAUCCCACCUGUACAAGGUGAUCCUGGCCAGGAGGAGCAGAACAUCCUCAGAGCCCCUGGUGCUGGGCGCUUUCGUGGUGCCAAACGAUCCCAUCGGCUUCAGCCACCAGCUCACUGACUUCCAAGUCAGCAUUGAAGACCUGGAAAAAAUGUCAGGUUUAGUUUUCUUCCCUCAGGUGGACAAGACCAAAGAUGUUAAAAACAUCUGUGAGGUGGAUACCUGCAAACUGAUGGGCUUCAAGGAGUUCACUCUGUACAUCACCGCCCGCAAAGUGCAGAGCGCCCGCACGCUGCGCCGGCUGGAGAAAGCCAUGGCAGAGCUGCAGGAGGCAGGAAUUGAGCCUGAUGAGUAUCUCCUCAAGCUUUACAAGAAGAAGGAGGAAGAAUUACUGCAGGAAAAACCAGUAGCAGCUAGAGAGGGGAGAGCUGGUUGAGUAUUCAGGAGGUUGUUUGGGUUUUUGGAAAGGGGAACUGAAGGCAGACACAAAGACAAGGACUCUUUGAAUCAUCCUUUUUGGAGUUGUGAGAACAAUAAAGAAAUAUUUGAAAUCUGAUGGGCUUGGAAUAAUGCUCAUUCUU